UUCCAGGAAAAACAAUUUGGAUUUGUGAAAAGCAAAAUGCCCUUGUCUUGUCGAUUUUAUGCAAAUCAAUUUCCGGAUGUGGAGGAUACGGUUAUGGUAAAUAUACGCCAAAUCGCUGAGAUGGGCGCAUACGUAUCGCUAUUGGAAUAUAAUAAUAUAGAAGGUAUGAUAUUGCUAUCAGAGCUUUCACGUCGACGUAUCCGUUCAGUAAAUAAGUUAAUCCGAGUUGGUCGAAAUGAGUGUGUUGUUGUUAUACGUGUUGAUAAGGAGAAAGGUUAUAUUGAUUUAUCGAAGAGACGAGUUUAUUCGAAGGAUUCGAUACAAUGUGAGGAGCGGUUCGCUAAAGCUAAAGCUGUCAAUAGUAUCCUUCGGCAUGUAGCCGACCAAUUGGGUUAUGAUUCCGAAGAGCAACUGGAAGAGCUAUAUGAUAAAACAGCAUGGUAUUUCGACAGAAAAUUGAAGAGAAAAGGAGCGGCGUUUGAUAUUUUUAAGAAAGCUAUCACUGAUCCAACUGCUCUAGAUGAAUGCGAUAUAACGCCGGAUAUUCGUAAAAAGCUUUUGAUAGAUAUUAAAAAAAGACUAACACCACAAGCUGUAAAGAUUCGAGCUGACAUUGAAGUUUCGUGCUUCGCAUACGAUGGAAUAGAUGCUGUGAAAGAUGCCUUGGUCGAAGGACAAAAAUGCUCAACUCCCGAAAUGCCAAUCAAGAUCAAUCUUAUAGCAGCACCACUUUUUGUUGUUACAACACAAACACUGGAAAGAAGUGAAGGUUUGGAAGCAAUUGAUACAGCUCUUAGUUUAAUCAAAAAAACUAUCGAAAAUUAUCAAGGAAGCUUCAAGGUCGUCAUGGCUCCGAAAGUAGUAACUGAUUUGGACGAAGAAGAAAUCAGGAAGCGAAUGGAAAUGAUGGAAACUCUUGUUGAAGGGUUGAGUGGUGAGGAGGGUAGUGAUGAUGAUGGUUUGGUGGCACCGAAAGGGUUAGAUCAGCAAGCGGAUGCUGAGGAAGCAACUCGGAGAGACAGAAGCGAUAAUGAUUCUGAUGAACUUGAUGAGUGAUAAAAAUUUUUUCUGUAAUCUUGAACUAAGAAAGAAUAUGUAAUUUUAUACGACGAAAAGGAAAAAGAUUAUAAAAAGAUUCCUGAGACUUCGUUUUUUCAAUAAUGAAAGUGGAAGAUUUCGAGUGGAGACAAAGGACAGCAC